AUGGCGGACGCGACGGUAACUGCCCACGGCGGAGGAGAACUUCAGACUGUACCGCUCGGUACCAUUGUCCUCGUGACGGGGGCUAACGGAUACAUAGGUGCCCAUGUCGUGGAUGAAGCGCUGAGCCACGGAUAUGUGGUUCGAGGCGUAACUCGCUCGGAAGAGAAAGGUCGAGGUCUCAAGCAAUAUGCCCAGGCCAAGUACGGUGCAGACAGAUACGAAGCCGUUGUGGUCCCCGAUAUCGAGGCUGAAGGGGCUUACGACACAGUUAUCAAGGGCGUUGCUGGAGUAAUUCAUGUAGCCUCCCCUGUCACCAUCCAGGGCUCAGCAAGACAGGCCAUCGAUGCAGCUGUGAACGGCACUCUGAACAUUCUGAAAGCCGCGAAAUCCGAGCCCUCCGUGCGUUCGGUUGUGAUAACCUCCUCUAGUGUCGCCUCUGUCCUCCCGUCAUUCGAGAAGGCCCAGAAGGCCGACCAUACGACAUGGAACGACGUCACGUACGACGAACUAGCCAAACAGGGCUUCCCGGACGGUAAUCCAGCGGCGGCAUACUAUGCAUCGAAAGUCAGAGCCGAGCGGCUGGCGUGGAAGUUCUACGAUGAGAAAAAACCGCAGUACAAACUGAAUACCCUCUUACCGAACGUCAACCUCGGUCGCCCACUCGAGUAUCCCGGCGCGCAGGCUGCCACUACUUCGGCGUGGAUCUACGACAUUAUCAAAGGCAGCCGCUCCGUCAUAGACAACGUCCGGUCUCAGUGGUACGUUCACGUCCGCGACAAUGCCAAACUGCACGUCCGAGCCCUUGCCGACCCUUCGAUCCGCUCCGAGCGCAUCUGGGCGGCAGCAGCGGUGUUCACCUGGCCGGAGGUUCUGCGCAUCCUCAAGGAGUUGCACCCCGAGUUGACGUUGCCCGACGACCCCAAGCAGACCAAGCCUGAUUUGACGGUGGUGGAUAACAAGAGGGGAGAGGCGCUGCUUGGAGGGUGGACGAGCCUGAAGGACACCUUGAAGGAGAUGGGUACCAGCUUCCCGUGA